AUGUUUGUUUGGGGCAAUGCUAAAUAUCGCUGCAGUUUUAUGCAUUGCUACCAUUUAUGUUCGUUAUAAGCAAGUUCAUGCUCUGAAUCCUGAAGAGAACCAUAUCAUCAGAUUAAACAAGGCUGGCCUUGUACUUGGAGUACUGAGUUGUUUAGGACUUUCUAUUGUGGCAAACUUCCAGUGUUGACUUGCUCGUCAAUUUUGCACAGUGGCAGUUUUGGCACUGAUGUAGUACAGAAACUCCACUGGAACCCUGAGGACAAAGGUUAUGCACUUCACAUAAUCACUACUGCAACAGAAUGGUCUAUGUCAUUUUCCUUCUUUGGUUUUUUCCUGACUUACAUCCGUGAUUUUCAGAAAAUUUCUUUACGGGUGGAAGCCAAUUUACAUGGAUCAACCCUCUAUGACACUGCUCCUUGCCCUAUAAACAAUGAACGAACACGACUACUUUCCAGAGAUUUAUGAUGAAAGGAUAAAAUAUAUCUGGAUGAUUAUGAUUCUCAGGGAUUGAGGAAAGGCUCACAAAAGUUACUCAUUCUGCUCUGAAAUUUUCAACCAGUUCAUCAAGGCCGACAGUGACACUGCUGAAUACUGAUAAGUAGGAAACAUGAAAUAAGCAUUUCAUAAGGUAUUUUAAAGGAUAUCAUGAAGAAAACUAUUGAAAAACA